AUGAGCUUCUCAUACAACGCAUGCAGUCAGAUCCCCGAGUCUCUCGAGCCGUACGGAGACAUCGCAGGAUUAGGGGUCGUACUGUCUUUUGUCAUCAGCGCUUGGCUGACCAUCCUGGUCCUAGUCGGGUACUACGUGUUUGCAUUCGAUCCAGAUGUAGACCCUUUUCAAAGGAUCAGGUCUACUACAACUCCUUAUAGUCCAAUCCCGCUCGACGUACUGAUUGCAAAAUACACUAAGUACUUAAGGGUUCUUAAAGACUUCAGAGGAAGUCUAGCUGAAGAUGCCUUCCAUAAGGUUAGCACUUGCGUUUGGUGUAACUCAGAUCCUACCAAGCUUACAUAUUCAAGUGCAUUCUUGCCCUCGCGGAUGCCCAAUUGA